AUUUAGGACGUCAGGAUGCCGCCACCCGCAGCCUCUCCCUGGAGGCCGCACCACGUGAAGUGGCCCCGCCGGCCGGGCCCCUGGGGUGGGGGCCGGGAUCGGGAAGGAGGCUCAGGUCUCAUUCUGAGCAGCUCCGCAGAGCAGCACAUCGGCGGGGCCAUGGCCGGCUCUCCAGACCAGGAGGGCUUCUUCAACCUGCUGACCCACGUGCAGGGCGACCGGAUGGAGGAGCAGCGGUGCUCCCUGCAGGCAGGGCCGGGCUCGACCUCCGAGAGCCAGAGUGGCCCUGCACCCGAGAUGGACAGCCUCAUGGACAUGCUGGCCAGCACCCAGGGCCGCCGUAUGGAUGACCAGCGGGUGACAAUCAGCGCCCUGCCUGGCUUCCAGCCCAUAGGCCCCAAGGACGGAGUGCAGAAAAGAGCGGGGACGCUCAGCCCCCAGCCCCUCCUUGCCCCGCAAGAUCCGACUGCUCUUGGCUUCCGUCGGAACAGCAGCCCCCAGCCCCAGACCCAAGCCCCCUGAGGGUCUGAACCACCCUCGGCCCUGAUUGGCCCCUGAACGCAGACAAUAAAACACUUCCUCGAGAAACAA